AUGACAAAAUUUAUCGAUUUGUUUAUUCUAAUCAUCCAAAUAUUCAAUGUACAUGGCUAUUUUUCGUUCGAUGCUACUGCUGCUGCGAGGUAUUACACUCUAGAUGGACAAGUCCUCUAUUUGCACGGUCCCCAAACUUUGAUUGAGCCAAACAGUGAACUGAUUGUUGAACUACAUGAUAUAUCGGUGAAAGAUGUCUUUUCGGUCAAAGUUGCUGAACAAACGCGUGCAGCAGUGGUGUUUCCAAUCAUUUUUAACAUAUCUUAUAAUCCAGAGCGAAUUAUCCUUCAUCAUGUACAUAUCAUUAAUGUUCGAAUUGUCAAUAUGUAUGAUGAAAUUAUGUUUGUUAACCAAAAGCGAAUCGAAGUGAGCUUAUUAGGACACGGUCGAACAACAUUUAUCGAUGUUCCUGUGAUACGCGUGAUUUAUAAAGAUAUAGUAGGAGGAUACUAUCGGGUACGAGAAUGGCCAAAAUUAGUGGGUAUGGACGGUGAAAAAGCAGUGAAUAUUAUCAAAAACGAGACAGGCCUCGCCGAGGUUUUUGUUGUUACCGAUCGGUCGAAAGUGUCCAAAGAUAUACGUUAUGAUCGUGUUUGUAUUUACGUCAAUGAAAAAGGUAAAGUCGCUCGUAUACCAACAACUGGCUGA